AUGGCGGCGGAGGGAGAUCAUCUAUCAACUCCGGCGGAGGGAGCUCCUCGCCUGGCCGCCGCGCCGCAACCGAAGCGCCACCACUCUACUGAGGAGGCAGCAGCCAUGGCGCAUUGGCGCCAGUGCCACGAAGCAGACGCUGCACGCCGCGUUGUCGUGGUCGACUUCGUCGUAGUGGCGGAAUAUUUGUGUCUUGGCGCUGCGUUCGGGCGUCACGCCGGCAAUGGUUGUGCUGCUGCUGCUGGCUCGCUUGAGGGACGAGACGAGCUACCUCAACAAGCCGCCAGGAUGGAGCCUGAGGAGGAGCUAUGGAAUGAAUGGGAGAUACAAGUGUUGGUGCUGGUGAGCUUUUCCCUGCAAGUGUUCCUCCUCUUGCUCUCGGGCAUCAGGAAGCGUACAACCUCCAAUGUCUUGAGCAUAUUCAUAUGGCUCGCAUAUGUGUCGGCUGACUCCCUCGCCAUCUUCGUCCUUGGCCAUCUUGCGCUCCACAUCAAUGGCCGGCGCCAUGGUCUGGUGCUCUUCUGGGCGCCGUUUAUGCUUCUUCACCUUGGUGGCCAGGAGACAAUCACAGCCUUCUCCAUGGAGGACAACAUGCUGUGGAAGCGUCACCUUCUGACCCUCGCCACCCAGGUGGGUUUGGCCGCCUAUGUGGUUGGCAAGCAGUGGCAGGGAGACAAGCAGCUGCUGGCUCCCAUGGUGCUCAUAUUCAUCUCAGGUACCAUCAAGUAUGCUUGCAGAACAUCGGCACUCAUGUUUACUGCUGAACAAACAACACCUGGGAGUAAUCUUGGCAUGCAGGCAAAGGGUUGGUCAGCUAAUUGGAAACAUUAUUCGACUAAUAAUUGGAUGAUGAAUGAGGUGCACACUUACAACGAACUUUUGUGGGAAGCCAACGCAGGCUGGACCUUAUACAUGGCCUUCCUGAUGGAUAUGACACCGCUGAUAUCUAGGCCUGAAACCUAUUCACUGAAAGGGCUCCUGUCGAAGGAACACCGAGUCUAUGUCUCUUAUAAGCUAGCUGAGCUCCAGCUCUCGAUUGUGUAUGACUACUUCUACACCAAGCUUGGAGUGUAUUUUGAGCCCGAGGAACGACUAAAUGGUCGCUUCGCCCAGCUUGCUACAUUGGGCUCCACCUUUGCAGCCUUGUUUCUAUUUGCCAGGGGUAAUUUCAGCUACGAUAGAGCCGAUAUUGUUGUGUCUUACAUAUUGCUAAGUGGAGCUUUCAUUCUAGAGAUACUCUCUGUUUUUAUUGUUGUCUCAUCAUUCUGGGCAUACUUCAUGGCAACUGUAUCUGAUUUCCUUUGUACUAGAUGUCAUGAUGUGAUCUUCAGCAUCGUCAAGCUUGUCCAUCCAGAGAGCAAACCACAAUGGUCCCAAAAGUUGGCACAGUACAACCUCAUCAUCGGAUGUAUAAAGCAGAAGAGAGCAGCAGCUGGCAGUUGUUUACUGAAAUGCAUGAAGCGUGUGAUCGGCAUCCAGCCCAGCACUAUGACUCAUGUCGACAUCUCUCAUGAGCUGAAGAAGCUCGUCCUUGAUAAGCUACUACAGGUUGGAAGCAGAUUGCAUCCAGAUGAUGUGUGGGGACAUCAGCAAAUUCACCGGCCAAUGGGCAAAGUUGGAGCUCAUGAGGAGCAAACUGCACAUUGA